GCCGCUUCUCUUCAACCUCCUCCUCCUCCUCCUCAUCAUCAUCUCCUCUUCCAUCUCCUCCUCCUCCUCCUUCUUGUCCUCCUCUCUUCUCCUCUUCUCUUCUUCUCGCCUCUCUCUCUCCUGUCUCCUCCUCCCUCCUCCUCCUCCUCUUCUCUCUCGACAUCUUCCCAUCUUUGUUAAUAUCUCUUCGCAUCCUCACUCUCCCUCCUCUUCUCUCUUUACUCCUCUACCCCCAUCCUCUUAACUCGCCUGCUCACGUUGAUCGUAAAAGUAGCAGCGAUAACCACGACACCUCCUCACGUUCAAUCUAUCCAUCACCUCUAUACUGCUCUACACCCCUCCUCCUCGUCUUCAUCGACCAUCAUGUUCGCCUCGCCGUGCUCCCCUCCCCUCUCGGCCGAGCUCGUCUCGUCCUACCCCUCCGGCACGCCACGCUUCACCCCCGCCUCGCCCGUCUUCGAGGACCGCGUCCACCCGGCCUCCCUCGACCUCUGUGGCGAGCACGACCCUCGGCUCCUCGAGUUCAUCCGCUCUGAUGUCUCGCACGAGCUCAUCGAGUUCUUGUCGCGCACCACGACCUCUAUCAUUGCCAGCUCGACCUCGAUUGACCCAAAGACGAUCCAGCGCACCGACGGCAACUUCCCUUCCCUGACUACCUUCAUCGCCGUCGUCUGCGAGCAGAGCAACGUCCAGGUGUCGACGCUCAUCGCUACCAUUGUCUACCUCGAGCGCCUUCGCACUCGCCUCCCGCGCGUCGCAAAGGGUCUUCCCUGCACCCGCCACCGCGUUUUCCUCGCAACCCUCAUCUGCGCCGCAAAGUAUCUUAACGACUCGUCGCCAAAGAACAAGCACUGGUGCCGCUACGCGCAGAUGUUCUCGCAGGCCGAGGUCAACCUUAUGGAGAAGCAGCUCCUGUUCCUCCUCGACUACAACCUCGCUAUCACCGAGGACGAAGUCGUCCGCUGCUCGGAGCAUUUCCUCUCGCGCUACACUUUCGAGAUCCCAGAGCCCGAGCUUCCGCCUACUCCUGUCUCGGCUUGCUCUCUCCCGGUCACCCCGCGCCUUCCCUCUGGGCACAUCCUUGCUCCAGAGGCCGCUGUCGCCCACAAGUCGUCUGCUUACGAGCAUUACGACGAGGCUCCCGGUCUCGACCGGUCCGACUCGACCUCGUCGUUCGGGUCAGAAGGGCCACGGACACCGCGCUCGACCGAGAGCUCGCCCUCUCCCGAACUCGUCUCGGCCGCUCGCAUCUCGCGUGCGGUCGUCGCUGCAGUACACCUGCAGCGCCCUUUGCCUGCCGCCCUCGCCUACGAGAAGCGAUCGCACAGCGCCAUCCAAAUUGCCGACCCCUCCGAGUCUCCUCUCUCUGCCGCAGCAAGCGCUGGCGCCGCUGCCAAGGAGACGCGUGACUCGAUUGUGAGGAGGCUCUUUGGGCGGCGCCGUGAAGACUACACUGUGGCAUGAGGCUGGGAACGAUCGGCAUGGAACCCAGUCUGGUGACUUUGUUCCAUCAUUCCCCAUCCCCAACCGGCAUCUUCCUAAUGUGAAACCACCGCGGACUUCACCCGCUGUGGCACGACCCGGGGCCUUGGAGCUGGUCUCCUUGUCCCCUCACUCCUGCUCGCACACUCAACAUCACAUUGCAUUGUACCACUACCAUCUAGUGAAUCUGUAGCGGCAUGACUGUGUCUAUGCUAUGCGCUGAAAUGACCCGCAGCUAGGAG